UUAUGUAUAUUCUAACUUAGGAAGGGUAUUUUGGUCCUUGGCGUUCUUUUCGCCAUUGCUUCACAGGGAGUUUCUCGUAUAGGAAUCAAGAUUUUACAUCAGAUUUGGUCCUUCCAAGCGCAGGUUGUCUCUUGUUCUCUCUUCCCAGGUGCUGGAUAUGGAUUUGGAGACAGAGAAUAGAAUUGCGACAAUUCUUCUGAAAGAGGCUGCAGAAUUGCGGCGGCAAGCACAGUCAGAGGGUGCACUUUCUUAUCUUCAUCGGCCUAAUGUCAGGGGGCGACCAAAUUCACGGUUUUUAACAGCAACUGUUCUUGGAGUACAACAAGCUAACCGGGCUGUUGAAGUAAAUGAGAUGUGGAAGUUAAGGCAGAAAGAGGUGGAGCUUGAAAACAGGAUCAAGGGAAGGUCGGCAGAUAAGAACAGUGAUACAAAGUGUCAUAAUUUUAGUGUCUCGGAAAGGAGGUCAAGUGAGAGAUAUGAUACUGAUUCUGGCACAAGGGGAUCAAAGAAAAGGAAGAUACAAGAUUCUCAUUCAAGUGAAGAUGAAGGAUUGAGAGAUGCUGAAAUUGAGGAAUUUCUACAUUCAAGGGUCAAGCGAGGCAGGGGGACUGUUGGGUCACGGAUGGAUGAAGCUGGUCCUUACCUUCCUUCUAGUCCAGAUCCCAGAGAAAAAGAGUCAGCAAGUCCUGAGAUGAAACUAAGCAAAGGUAGCGGGUAUCAUGUCGUCGUUGGGCCAGAGAAGCCCAUCUGGCUGAAUUCCCCUGGUUCUUCAGAAAAUGAAUCUCUGUCAGAUGAUAAGAGAAAGGCCCCAAAGAAGGCUAAAUCCAGUAAGCACCAUGACCAUUGUAGGAAACAUAGAUCAAAAAAGAAGUCCAAGGACAAGGAGGAUAAAAGGAGGAGAAGAGAGGAGAAAAGACUCAAACGUCAAAGAUAGAUAGUAUUCCCUUAGCGGUAUAUGAUAACUUAUCCGGUCCUUGUUGAUUCAUAGGUUCAUUCAGAUGUUAAACGUCACAACUCUUGCUCCUGCUUCAUGGAAGUUCCAUUUGUUGUGUACUUUUGUAUAGUUUGCACAUUUCUCCUGUGAAGAUUACCUUUCAUUUCUCAUGUGCACUUCAACAAAAAUCAAU